UGGGAAAAUAAAAGGGUUAAAAGUGCGCAUGCGAGGUUAUGUCUGGCUGCUAUACCCCUGACAACAACACACAACUCAGGAAGAUAUGAUGGCAGACUCCGGACCCAAGGAAGUAGCGGUGAUCGGGAACACCGAGCUCACCUCCGCAGAACUAGAUAACAACAUUAUAAACACGAUGGUUGAGAUCGAAAAAGGGACGAGUCUUCUACGAAAGAUGGAGAUCAGCGUUGCAGAGGCAGAGAAAAGGACUGGGAAGAAUACAGUCAACAUGCAGGAGAUAUACACUGUUUAUCUAAUUGAGACACGGCCGGUUGAUGCUCUGACAGAAGGUAUAACCCCAGACUCCUUAUGGCGAAGAUACAGCGAGUUUGAGCUUCUCAGAAACUACCUGUUGGUCACCUAUCCCUUUGUCGUUGUUGCCCCAUUACCUGAGAAGAGGGCAGAGAUUGUGUGGCACAAGCUGUCGGCGGACAACAUGGACCCAGACUUUGUGGAGAGGAGAAGGGUUGGACUGGAAAACUUCCUGCACCGAGUCGCCUCCCACCCAGUUCUCUGCAAUGACAAUAUCUUCUAUAUCUUCCUCACUGAGGAUAAAGAUUGGAAGGAAAUGGUGUACGAGACAGGAUUUCAAGCAAAGGCUGAUUCCAGGUUGAAAGCUGUGAAUGCAGCAUUCAGGGUGAAGAAUCCAGAUGGAAGGUUUACAGAGUUGAAACACUACAGUGACGAGCUACAGACUGUACUCUCCCAGCUGCUGAGAGUACGGGCGAGGGUAGCAGAUCGACUGUAUGGGGUGUACAAAGUGCAUGGAAACUAUGGACGAGUCUUCAGUGAGUGGAGUGCCAUAGAGAAAGAGAUGGGAGAUGGACUACAAAGUGCUGGCCAUCACAUGGAUGCGUAUGCUGCUUCUGUAGAUGAUAUUCUGGAGGAGGAGGAGCACUAUGCUGAUCAGCUGAAGGAGUACCUGUUCUAUACUGAUGCACUAAGGGCGGUAUGCAGAAAGCAUGAGUUGACACAGUUUGAGCUGGAGAUGGUUGCACUGGACCUAGCCUGUAAGAAACAGCAGAAGGAGGAACUGGUCACUGGGACUGUGCGGACGUUCUCACUGAAGGGGAUGACCAGUAAGCUGUUUGGCCAGGAGACUGCAGAGCAGAGGGAGGCUAAGUUACAAGUGUUAGAACAGCAGCUAAAGGAGGGAGAGGAGGCUGUUAAAGAGAAGAACACCGAGACCGAUGAGUUUGUGAAGACUGCCUGGGUAGACAUUGAACGCUUUAAGGACCAGAAGGACCGGGACCUGAAGGAGGCCCUAAUUAGCUAUGCGGUCAUGCAGAUCAGCAUGUGCAAAAAGGGAAUACAAGUGUGGACCAACGCAAAGGAGUGUUUCAACAAGAUGUGAUCUUCAAGGCCAAAGCAGACCCUUCAAAAAAACUGCCAGAACAGGCUUAUUUUCAGGGGACUCCUCCUGGAGCUUGCAUCCCAAAUGGCACUCUUUUCCCUAUAUAUUGCACCACUUUUGACCAGAGCUCUGUGGAGUCUAUGCACUAUAUAUAGGGAAUAAGGGUUGUUUUUGGGACUCAUUCCUGGACAUUCAUUCUGCUGAAGUAGCCAUGGCAGCAUACUGCGAGGGAUUUUUGAUCAGUUAUACACAAGAAGAGAAUCAGUUUAUUCCUUUUCUAUGUCUUUAUCAUGUCUGAUUGCUGGCUGCUUAGAUUUGUCCACUUGCAAUUGCAGUUUUUUGUCAAAUGUAUGAAAUGUGGACUGAAGCUAAUUUUCCAAUGCUGCCUUUUACACAAUGUUAAAAAUAAGGUAAUGAGAUUUGUUCUAUAAGAACAAUAUUUUUUACUUUUUUUGUUAUUUUCAUGCAUACUUUACUGAUUCUGCUUUUGUAAAUGUUUUACUCUCUUGAGUGGACCAUGUGGUUGGUAUAUUGACGGUUCUGUUUUCUCUACUCUCUCAUUGCAUUGUCCUAGUGUACUAAAUAAGUGGUUCAACCUUUUCGGAUGUUUUUGUAUAUUUAAAGGCCUUUCUGUACUUUGCCAUUCAAGGUUGUAAUCUGGCACUGGGUCUUAAGUAGCCACUAUGAUGAAUGGCAGUGUUGUCAUUUCUGAAGAGUGGGUGGUUCAGUGUUUUUGAUAAAUCUAGCCAAAGGAAUAGGAAGGUCACAGGAAAAACAGGAUGUGAUAAUUGCCUUAUGUUGGUGCUUUAUGUGUACUGGGGAUGUGGUCCAAAUGGCUCCCUAUUCCCUAUGUAGUCACUAUAUAUAGGGAAGGGUGCAAUUUGAGACAACCCCAGGCCUCUUGGGUUUUAGGUCACUCUAAGGGCCAGGGGAGGAGGUGUAAUGUUAAUCAUUCAUUUGGGAUGAGAUCAGAGCACCGGCAGGAAAUGUAUACUGUUUAUGCGGUUGUAAGGUUGUAAUCAUUGUGCCAAAAAUACACUAAUAAAUAUGAAGUCUAGUUGUCAGUC